AUGACUACAAAUAAUACGAAAUCUAUAAAUGGUUUGUUGAAGAGUGCUCGAGAACUUCUCAUAGUUGGUUUACUAGAAUAUAUUCGUGGGAUACUACAAAGGUGGUUUUAUGAAAGACACGUUGAAGCAGAAAAAUGUGUGACCCAACUCACGUCAGCAUUAGAGAAAAAGAUGUGCAUGACAUAUAAUGAGUCAAAUGGGUUGGAGGUAAAUCAGGUUUCUCCGGACAUUUAUCAAGUUGGUGACAAUUUAGAACACCACUUUGUGGAUUUUUACGAAAUGACAUGUACGUGUAGAAGAUUUGAUUUGGACAAGUUUCCAUGUGCGUAUGCAAUUGUUGCAGCAAAGUUUAAAGGAGACAAGGGCUAUAAAUUAUGUACCCUCUUUUACACUAGUAUUUGUUGGAAGCAAGCUUAUUCUAAAUUCGUAUAUCCUUUGCCGAACGAGGUCGAAUGGCAAAUUCCUAAGAAUGUGAUAGCCAGAGAAGUAUUUCCACCAUUGGUACGAAGACAGGGCGGACGACCAUCAAAAAAGAGGAAAAGGUCGGCCGGAGAGACGCGUGUGGCCCGUAAGUACAGCACUUGCAAGAAACUGGUCAUGUUCGAUCCACUUGCAUGGGCCAAGCAGCUAGUAGUGAACAUUAAUGUUGUAACACUAUCCUGUUUUGUAAUUGUACGACUUCGUACUUAUUAUAUCAACUGA